AUGGCCGGCCGCCUGCGACAUCAUCUCCGCAUCGAAUGCUCACUCUGGUCACUCCCACUGCAUUUUCUUGAUAAAUACUCGCCCAGACAUACCAUUUCGUGUCCAUGCGCUGGCACUGCUCUCGUGCUUGCGCACUCGAUCCGAAGAGCUCUCCCCAACCGUUUAAGAUCAUACCAUACUAUUCGGCAUCUCAAGAAGCGUCUCUAUUUCCCACACAAACAAACAAACAACCUGCCCAACAUGGCUCAAAUAAACUAUCGCACCAUCAACAUCGAUGUACUCGAUCCCGAGUCAUCUGUCAACUUCCCCAUGGAUACGCUCCUGCCCGGUAACCUCCCAGAACCCACAAACUCAGGCGCGGCAGCGUCUGUCGCGCAGCAAGUGCGCCAACUACUUCGAAGCGGCGAUCCGGAAGGCGCUCUUAAACAUGUGCUUGACACGGCUCCGUUAGGCGGCGACCAACAGGCAAAAGAUGUCCAUUUGGCGACCGUCAUUGAUGUUCUUCAGGGUAUUCGACAGGGUGAAAUGCUCAAGGUGUUGGAGGGCGUGAUAAGCGGCGAGGGCGGCACUGAACGAGCGGAUUGCCUGAUGAAAUACAUCUACAAAGGCAUGGCCGUACAGUCGUCGACUAGCGGUUCCCAGUCCCCUUCCUCUCGCAAGACUCUUUCUCCGCAAGCUACAGGCUCAGGGUUUUCUCAGGUGCAAGCACGCAACUUUGGCGAGGGAGGCGGUGGCCAACAGAUGACGGGAGCUGCUUUUUCGCCGCCAGUGCAAACAGCAAACACAGAGGAGGCUUUUUGCCAAAAAUUCGUCUUCACCGCCUUCACCAAUCAAGCGGGCAACCAAACUCAAAUGUCUGCAACCCAGCUGCUUAAUCCCAAGGCGGAGUCCCGGCGGCGAGGAGAUGCCUUGAAGGUCAACAUCAGCGCCGGCGAGGGCCUCCAAGAUGUUCUCAAGUCGAAUUUGGGUCCCUCGGGAACCUUGAAGAUGCUGGUGGAUGGCGCAGGCGGAAUUAAGUUGACAAAGGAUGGAAAUGUUCUACUUCGGGAAAUGCAAAUUCAAAAUCCUACGGCUGUUAUGAUUGCCCGGGCCGCGACGGCUCAAGAUGAUAUUACUGGUGAUGGGACAACAUCGGUCGUGCUGUUGGUGGGAGAGCUCCUGAAGCAGGCAGAUCGUCACAUUUCGGAAGGAUUGCACCCCCGAGUGAUUACCGAUGGUUACGAGACUUCGAAAACCGAGGCACUGAAGUUCCUUGACAAGUUCAAGCUCGAACGGACCAUUGACCGAGAACUUCUCCUCUCCGUCGCUCGCACCUCUCUAUCCACAAAACUUAACCAUGCGCUCGCUGAGAAGCUCACUCCCGAUAUUGUCGAUGCCGUUCUCGCCAUUCACCGAGCUCCCGAGAAGCCAGACUUACACAUGAUUGAGAUCAUGACCAUGCAACACCGCACAUUAGCCGACACCCAACUCAUCCGUGGUUUGGCCCUGGAUCACGGUGCUCGUCACCCUGAUAUGCCAAAACGGGUAGAGAAUGCUUUUAUUUUGACCCUGAACGUCAGUCUAGAGUAUGAAAAGUCCGAGAUUAACUCUGGCUUCUACUAUUCUAGCGCCGAGCAGAGAGACAAACUGGUCGAGAGUGAGCGCAAAUUUGUUGAUGCCAAGUUGGCAAAGAUUGUGGAGCUUAAGAAACAAGUCUGCGGUAAUGAUCCAAAGAAGGGCUUCGUUGUGAUCAACCAAAAGGGUAUUGAUCCCCUCAGUUUGGAUGUGCUCGUCAAGAAUGGUAUUUUGGCCCUGCGGAGAGCCAAGCGGAGAAAUAUGGAACGUCUGCAACUAGUGUGUGGUGGUGUCGCCCAAAACAGCGUUGACGAUAUGACACCUGACGUCCUGGGUUGGGCUGGCCUGGUCUACGAGCACCAGCUUGGCGAGGAGAAGUAUACCUUUGUCGAAGAGGUCAAAGACCCCAAGUCCGUGACUAUCCUUAUCAAGGGCCCAAACCAGCACACCAUUGCUCAGGUCAAGGAUGCUGUGCGUGAUGGUCUGCGCUCCGUCUACAACACUAUUGUCGACGGCUGCGUUAUCCCCGGCGCCGGCGCGUUCCAAGUCGCCUGUGCCCAGCAUCUUAAGUCAGAUGCCUUUGGCAAGACUGUUAAGGGCAAGGCUAAGUGGGGUGUGGAGGCAUUUGCUGAUGCACUCUUGGUUAUCCCCAAGACCCUCGCUGCUAACUCUGGUCAUGAUGUCCAGGACUCUCUGGCCGCGAUGUGGGAUGAAGGCAAGCAAGGCAAUAUUGCUGGCCUGGACCUGAACACUGGUGAUGUGAUGGACCCAGUUCAGGAGGGUGUUUAUGACUCUUACCGUGUCUUGCGAAACUGCAUUGCCUCCAGCACUGGUAUCGCAUCGAACCUUCUGCUCUGCGACGAGUUGUUGAAGGCUCGGCAGAUGGGGAGGUCGGGUGGCCCUGGUGGCAUGGAAGAGUAA